AUGAAGAGAGUCAACAUUGCAACGACAGCGGAUGAUCUCAAGUGUUACUUACCGCAUCACGGGGUCCUGAAGGAGUCGAGCACGACGACAAAACUCCGAGUCGUAUUUAACGGCUCUCAACGCACACGGGCCGGUACUUCGUUGAACUCUCAUCUGUUGACUGGGGCGAAUCUUCUGCCAGCGCUCAACGACGUGUUGCUGCGAUGGCGUUGGCACCGGUACGUCUUUGUCACCGACAUAGAGAAAAUGUACCGCCAAAUCCUCGUACAUCCUGAGGAUUGCCGUCUUCAUACAAUCCUGUGGCGUCACAACAAGACGGACAAAAUCCAAGAAUACGAGCUGCUAACAGUGACCUACGGCAUGGCUUGUGCACCGUUCCUGGCCAUACGAACGCUGCGGCAACUCUGUGCAGACGAGGGGACGCAAUUUCCUCAAGGGGCCACAGCACUUUGGCGAGACUGCUACGUCGACGACGUGGUCACCGGCGCAGACGACCUCGACGAUGCCAUCAACCUCCAGACGGAGCUACGCCACCUGUGCACGGCGGGCGGAUUUCCACUGAGGAAGUGGGCCUCAAAUAACUCCGAGGUCCUCGCUGGAGUCCCUCAAGAGCAUCGGCUGCAGCAAGGACCGCAUUCAUGGGACGGAGAGAGCCAUUCGACCUUGGGUUUGCGAUGGCAUCCUCAAGAUGACUGGUUUGCCUUCGCAAUACAUUCACGUUCAGUCACAGACUUCACGAAGCGACGAGUCCUCGCCGAGACUGCACGGCUAUUCGACCCGAUGGGCUGGCUGGCGCCUGUCGUGAUUCGGGCGAAGAUCCUGAUCCAGACCACAUGGCUUCAGCAGCUGGACUGGGACGCUCCACUGCCUGUCAAGGAUGUUCAACGUUGGCAACAGCUGCUGAACCAGCUACCUCUGCUCAGCAACAUACGAGUUAAUCGCUGGCUCAGCACCGACGACGAUCACUCAAGGCUGCAGCUCCACGGCUUCGCUGACGCUUCCGAACGAGGAUACGCCGCAGUGGUUUACCUCCGCAACUCUGAAAAGAGGAAAACAUCAACUAAUUUGCUCAUGGCGAAAUCCAAGGUCGCACCCGUCAAGCAAGUCUCACUGCCUCGCCUGGAGUUGUGCGCUGCUGAUCUACUCACCACGCUCACGCUGCAUGUCCGCAACACGCUCGGCUUGGCGUCUACUCCAGUGUACCUGUGGUCCGAUUCCAAGGUCACCCUCCAUUGGAUCCAGGGACACGCCACCCGCUGGAAAACUUUCGUCGCCAACCGGGUAGCUCAUAUCCAGACACAGCUCCCGGACGCUCAGUGGAAGCACGUAGCCGGGAAAGACAAUCCUGCAGAUUGCGCAUCAAGAGGAAUUACUCCUGAUGAAUUAAUCAACCACGCGUUAUGGUGGACAGGACCUGCCUGGUUAGCACUGGACGAAACGGCGUGGCCCAACUCAGAGGUCGACAUCUCAGAGCUGCCGACAUCACACGACCUGCCAGAACAACGCACCACCAGCCUGAUAACCAGGAGUUCCGUCAUCAUCGAACCGGACCUCCUGCUUUGGUUCUCCGCACUCCAUCAGCUACUGCGCGUUACGGCUUGGUGUCGUCGGUGGCUCAAUCUGGCAAGCCGGGAGGUCACAUCUGGUCGCCCGCUGCAUCCUGACGAGCUAGACGCCGCUCUACUUCAGUGGCUUCGAGUGGUGCAGGCGCUCCACUUCCCUGACGAGGUAGCUGCUGCCACCGCAGGACGGCCUGGUCCACCACGCAGUUCACUGGUCGAGCUGAACCCAUUCCUCGACGACCAAGGUGUGCUUCGCGUCGGAGGACGCCUCAAGCACGCUCUGCUGCCCUACGACGAAAAGCACCCGGUGAUCGUCCCGCCGGCCUCCUGGAUGACGCGACUGCUAAUCGAGUCCUGCCAUCGUCGGUCUCUGCAUGGCGGCGUCCAAAUGACUCAGCUUACUUCGCCUUCGAUUCUGGGUGCCACGUGGAAGGACCGUCGUCAAGCAGCAGUUGCAUCGGUGCGUCACUUGCUUCGCUAG